ACCAGAGUCAGGAUAUUGAACGGUUGCAGGGGUGUAACGGUGUGAAGAGAUUGAGAGAGAUAAAGGAAUUGGAGCAGUUGAAUUGGAUCGUCGGGGGCUUGCGUGGAUGACGGGGCCUCGCCUAGGUUGGGCUGGUUUUGGCUGGGUUUGGCUGGGUUUGGCUGGCUUCAAGGUUCCUUUCCCGCAUUCGAUGCAGUGGGCAUCGCUCGUCACCGUUUCAUUUCCUCCUUUUCCUUUUUCAUCUACAAUAACCCCUCUCUCUCUCCCUCCCUCUCCCCUUGUCGCUGUCAAUCGCGCUUAUUAUAAUAAUAUUCAUAUUCGCUUUUGUUUCCCUUCCCCCCCCCCAUCUCUCUCAUCCCCGGAUUUUUCUCGUCACUCAUCACUGGUCACUGUUGUGGUUUUGCUUGCUUAUCAACCUCACACCUCCCCUCGAGAAAUCAAUCUGCUCUGUCCAUUAACUCUCCCAGUAAUUCUUUUUUUGGAACAUGCUAUCCGUGGUUCCUUCCUCCCUCAUCAUUGCCGUUUCAGGAAAGCUUCGCUGCCUAGUGUGCCUGCCAUAAUUGAUUGGCCACAGAUUAGUUGUGUGCGCACACUGUCUACCUCAUCAUAGCACCUCACCACGAUUCAUCCACAAGGCGACUCAGUGUCGCCUCUACCAAAU